AUGUCGAUCAUUAGCGGGAAAGAUACGGACGUGAUUAUUUUCUUCGCAUCAUCACUUGUUUAUGCAACUAUUGGGAUUCUGGGGAAUUUGCUAAUAAUUUUAGUGUAUGUUUCCAAGAGACACUCCCUCUCGCAGCAGAAGAACAUCCUGGCUCUGGCUAUAGUAGACUUUACCAUUUGCAUAUUUGUGAUGCCUUACCGAAUUAUUUAUGAACUGAAGGCCAUUGAGAACGACAUCAUAUGCCGUGGCAUGGAAAUUAUCAGUCAUAUGACGGUUAUUUUCUCAAAUCUCGUGUUGUGUUUGAUAUGUGUUGAACGAUUUGUUAAGGUGUGGAAACCGACGAAGAUUAUUUCAGAGAGACUGACACUUUUCUGGAUUUUAAUCGCUUUGGGUUUUUCGGUCGUCAUUUCCAUUCCCGUCUGCACGAUGUUCAUGGUCAUCUCUGGCAGUGCCGCGGACUCUCCAAAGUUUUGUCAGUUUUCUAGCAAGACCGUAGGCAAGCUCGGAACGACGGUAUAUACAUACAUUCUCCUGCUCAUGAAUGUCUCUGUUCUUGGUGCGCUUGUAAUUUUGUACAGCUUAAUUUACUGUCGUUUAUAUAAGAACACAAGGACCUUGACGGACCAUAACAAAUCGGAUGUGGCGGGGACAAGUAUUUUGAAAGUUGGACCACUUCAGACGGAAGCAGAAAGUGGCCCAUCUCAAUCACACAGAGAACAUUCACAGCACUUGACAACGAAUUCUGAGUAUAUCGACUCAAAUAAAGAAACUGCGAUAGAAGAUUUGAAAAGCCAGGCAAAUGAGGGGGGAACUGAUUGCACCGGGAAAAAACCGUGGAAAGAAACAUCGUGA